AAAUUCUGCAGUUCACUUUAGUUGAAAUGCAGAUGUAUUGCCAAAAUGUUAUUUAAGUCUAAAAAAGAGAAAGUGAUGUAUUCAUAAGUUUGGCUCCUAAAACAUAACUGUUCACAUUUUAACUUCUGUAUGAAUGCUCAUGUCAGAAGCUUUUUUAAAAAAAAUCUUUUUUGUUUAAUAUAACAGUGGAAUGCAUUUCGUAGUAUGCCAUCAUUUGCAUGUAAAAUAUGAACUUGUAGGGUAGUUUUAGUUAUUACUUCUGUCAGUGCUGUUUAUUGUUAGUCGCUAUCAAUCCCUCUCUGCUGCCCCCUGCUGGCAGAAACAUGACAAAAUGUUUUCGUUCGGUUCUCGUAAAAAAAUUUUAUCUGUUCAUUUAGCUCAAUGCACGCGUCAUUAAUGGGUAAUGGCGGUGAAACAAAAAUAGCUAAACAAAAUACUCUGAAUAUGAAAAACAAGGGGAUUAUUUUAAUGUUUCAUAUAAGGAAUAUGUUGAUUGUUUUUUUCACGUGAAACAUUCCUGGUUGGCCAACAAUAAAAUCCACCAUGAGCUUCCGCAUUCGGACUCUCCCACGUGUUUCUUCCUCCUCGGUAUGUUGUUUCUCUAGCACCUAGAAGCGGACAGUCAAGUUGUGUCCUGCCGUUUUCCCCUUUAAUUCAGAAAGAUGACUCCGUUGUGUGAUUGCUGUGGCGAGUAUAUUAAUAAACUAAACGAGCAGGUGUCUGUGAUGCGGAAAGAAAUCAAGAACCUAAGGCAGAUGCUGGACAGUGCUGUUAGAGCUCAUCGCAAACAUCUAGUAUCUGUUCAGGCUGCUGUGUCAAAGAUUAAUCUCUCUAAUGAUGAGAAGGAAAGAAACCAUUUACCAUCACCACAGACAGCAUUAGAGCAAGGACACAUCCAGACGGUGCCAAUUGGUUACAUUAGUUCCUGUUUUUCCAUGAAAAAUGGGACACCCAGACAGCCCACCGUGUGUGGUCCCUCGCGGGGAGAACUACGGAUUAAACAGAGUGUGUUCAACAACCCCGAGCAUGCCCUGGUGGGCUUAGAGCAGUUCUCCCAUGUCUGGAUCCUUUUUCUCUUUCAUAAAAAUGGGCACCUGAGCUGUAAAGCCAAAGUGAAGCCUCCCCGACUGAACGGACAGCGAGUUGGUGUGUAUUCGACACGCAGUCCACACAGACCAAAUGCUUUGGGUCUAACGCUGGCGAAGUUGGACAGAAUUGAAGGUGAUACGCUACAUCUGUCUGGCAUUGAUAUGAUUGCUGGCACACCAGUCCUGGACAUCAAACCUUACAUUCCAGAGUAUGACUCCCCUGACACCAGGAUUAAUUUGGAUUUAGAACAAUUUGAAUCGAACACAGACCAACCAACUGCAACCCCUCUUUUGGUAAAUAGGGAGGUGACCAUGUCAAACCUUGACAAAGUCUUGGAAACGGAGAAUGCUGAUGUGGAGAUCCUCUUCUCAAAAGACAAAUCUGAAACUGACGUUUCUUUUACACAUUCAUCCAGUGCCAGUGAGCAGCUUUUUCUGCCCAAAGAUCUUUACAGUGUGUUAGAGGAAGUUGAGGCCUUUAUGAUCCAAGAUGACAUCUCACAACAUGGUUGUGAGGGCAAGUCUAGAUUGUCUGAGUCUGCUAAAAGAAAACAGACAGCACUGGCCAUGGACCACCCCUGCUAUGGAGAGGAAGCCUGUGCAACUAUUGCUGGCUGGAUCAAAGAGCCCCCUGUUGCAAGCCUGGAUGUUCGCUUCACCCCCCAUGCUGAGAGGCAGCUGGCAGAAUUUGUUCCCACACACCUGACAGGACUUCUCGAAAGUGACAGACCCAGAUUUAAGUUUCUGCACAGCUCAGAGGAGGCUGCUGCUGCCAUCAAGGGGGUUCUGUCAGCAGACCCCAGGUCAGUGUAUCGGAGGACUCGCUGCAGAGACAGACUAUUUUUCUUCACCCUUGACACAGCUGACAUCACCUGCUGGUUUGGACAUGGUUUUGCUGAGGUACUGCAGGUCCGACCUGUUGAGCGCCACAUUGUCUCAGUGUGAGAAUCCGAUUCAGUGAAGAUUCACAAGCAGAUCUUGUUGAAUGCGACUGAAUAUCAUUUUUAUGCAAAUAAAGUUAUAAGACAUUCUUUAAAAUUUUGCAAAUGUUAAAUGAUGUACAUAAAAAGUUGUGUAAAUUAACUGAAUAAAAUGUUC